AUGGACGAAGACGACGGCGACUUCACCUUCGCCGUAGCCGCGCCUUUGGCAGGCAGCGACGGGAUCUUCCCCGGCGACCGGCGGAUAGGUGCCGGCCGGAUGUACCCGGUCUUCGGCCGGCCGAGGUCGCCGCCGCGACAGCAGGCUCCGGAGCAGGAGCCAGAGACGACGACGGCCACCGCACGCGUGCCGCUUGGGCGGGUCCUACUGGUGGACCGAGGACGAGCAGGAGCAGCGCAGCCCCCCUACGACGAGGAGCCGGAGAAGACCUGCUACUGCUCGUGGUGUCCCGGGUUGUCGGCGGCGGCCAAGCCGGCAACGCGCUGCCGAAAAAGCGGCUCCACGGGGUCGCUCCUGCAGUGGAGUCAGCGGCUCCUCGGACGGAGCCACAGCGACGGCAAGGAGAAGUUCGUGUUCUUGGACGCCGCGGGACCCUCAGGCUCCGAGCGCAAGGCGGGCGCCGGCGGCCAUGUGACUGCGUGGAGCUAUUACGCGAAGGCGGGCGCCGGCGGCAGUAACCAUGGCCGGCGGCGGAGGUCGUUCCUCCCGUACAGGCAGGACCUCGUGGGGUUUUUCGCCAGCCCCACCGCGUUCCGUCGGAGCUAUCACUCGUUUUGA